AUGGCCUCGUGGCGGCUCGCUUACAAGAACAUGCCCGUUGACCUAAUCCUUGUUCGUCACGGAGAAAGUGAAGGGAAUCUAGCUCAGAAGAUGGCCCAACAAGGCGGUGUUCCCAACCCGUGGACCAGCGGCUUCCGGGCUCGUCAUAACUCCAAGUACCGUCUAACUGACAGGGGUAGGGCCCAGGCCGAGGCCGCGGGGGAGUGGAUCAAGGACCACAUUGGGGAGGCCUUUGACAUUUGUCUCACUAGCGAGUACAUAAGAGCGAUGGAGACCGCCGCAUAUCUUCACAUUCAGGAGGCGGAGUGGAGGACCGAAUUCUUCCUAAGAGAACGUGACCGUGGGGUGUUGGCCAACAAGUCCAAGCAGGAACGACGAAGAGAGCAUGCAGAUGAGAUAGAACGACAGGACCGGGAUAGUUUCUACUUCCAGCCCAGUGGAGGGGAAAGUAUCGCUAAUCUGUGUCUGAGGGUCGAGAGUGUGAUCAAACACCUUCAAAAAGGGAGUGCUGGACUGAGGGUCAUCAUAGUGUGCCACGGUGGGGUCAUCAAGGCCUUCAGGGCCCUGGUGGAGAGGAAACGACAGAUGAGGGCUUCGAAGUCCAUAGGAGCCGAUCUCGCCGGAGGAGAGUCCAUCCUCAUGAACCGACUUUUAAGGAGUAGUCUCAUCACCACGUCCCUUCAGAUCUACAACGGCAUGGUGAUCCACUACUCGAGACGGAACCCGACUACCGGGCUCAUCUCUGACAAUUACCAUUGGGUCCGGUGUGCCUGCCCGUGGAGGCCUUCCUUGGUCAACGAGAAUUGGAUUCAUUUUUCCCCUCACGUCCUUAGCAACGAUACGCUGUUGGCUGAAGUCCAGAAAGUCCCGCAGCUUGUGAACGAAAGGUUCGACCAAGCCUUGGGCCGGUACCCUCACGAGGAGCCCUCCUCCCCCACUAGCGACUACGCUGAGACUGUCACGGAGAGGCCCUCCAGAUGUAGCGACGGAGACACUGAUGACUUUAGGGCGAGGUCCUUGGACAUGAGCCCGACCGAUCGAGCCAUGCCCGAGUCGCCUUUCUACCAUGAACAGCGUUAUCCGUCCCUUUUUGCCUUGGGCUCACAGUCUUCCUCUGUGAUGGGACCUCACCUUAGGAGCUCUCUGUCCUCCUCUUUGGGCCAUAGGACCCUCGGGGACAGUCUGGGUAGCGUGGCCGAGGGUAGGCCGGCCCCCGUGGCUGAAUUGCUCAGAGGUCACGGCGGAGGUUCGGGCCACCAUCUCCGGAACGCCCGACUUGAUCUAGGUCAGCUGAAUAGAGUCGGUGAGUCUGGGUCCGAGGACGAUGGGUCUGAGACCGGUCCUGCUGCUGCUGCUGCUAGCGGCUCGGAUGGCCUCCGUCGGCAUCAAGCAUGA